CGUCCUCUAUCAGCGGCCCCACAGGAAUAUACUUUGUAGCAACGAUGUUGCUUGACCCUCUCUCGACUGUCUUGCUCCCUGCAUUGUUCGGUAUUGCUGCAGCUCAAAAUGGAAAGACUGAUUCAACAUACGAUGUGCUCCAAUAUGUCGACCAGUUGAUUGGUAGCAGCAAUGGAGGAAAUGUCUUUCCCGGUGCCACCCUCCCUUAUGGGAUGGCCAAGGCCGUCGCAGACACGAAUUCCGGCUCCAAUCAAGGGGGCUUCACCACGGACGGCUCUAGCAUCACUGGCUUCUCAAAUAUGCAUGACAGUGGAACAGGUGGAUCGCCAUCCCUUGGGUUAUUCGCUCUCUUCCCAUAUGCUGGAUGCGCAGGGGAUGAUGUCGAUGGAUGUGAUUACCCAAAAAAAACUCGGGCUACAUCAUAUGACAAUAGCUCUGUGGUAGCAACCCCAGGUUACUUUGCAGUCACUCUAGCCAGUGGAAUCGAAGCAGAUAUGACAGUUGCCCAACACACAUCGUUGUUCCGGUUCAAGUUUUCGGUCACAGAUGCCGCUGGCAAUGCCUCCAGCCCGUUGAUUCUUAUGGACUUAACUGACCUUUCGGAUUCACGUCAAGACAACGCGACCGUGUCGGUUGACGCCGGUACGGGAAGAAUCACAGGAAAUGCACGAUUCUUGCCCAGUUUUGGCAGUGGCACAUAUGUUGGAUAUUUCUGUGCUGAUUUUUCAGGUGCUCCUCUUCGAGAUAACGGCAUUUUUGUCAACAGUCGCGCGAGCACUGAUAUCAAAACUUUGACUAUCUCCCGCUCUAUCAAUGGCUACCCACUUCCAGGUGGUGCCUUUGUUCGAUUUCAGAAUCCCGGGGAGGAUGGCAUAUUGGCAAGAGUUGGCGUGAGUUUCAUCAGCAGUGAUCAAGCCUGCUCAAACGCCGAAUCAGAGAUCCCUUCAUUUGACUUCGAUGCGACGCAUACCGCCGCAGAGACAGCUUGGAGAGAUAAAAUUAGUCCCAUCGUUGUGGAAACAACUGGUGUGGACGUGUCGAUCUUGAAGAACUUCUACAGUGGGAUUUAUAGAACCAUGGUAAACCCGCAGGAUUACUCUGGAGAAAAUCCACUUUGGCAGAGUGACGAGCCAUACUUCGACUCAUUUUACUGUAUAUGGGACCUUUUCCGAUCUCAAAUGCCAUUCCUGACUAUUUUGGAUCCGGCCACUGUUGCGCGGGUAGUACGUUCCCUCAUAGAUACUUAUUCUCAUGAAGGUUGGCUGCCUGAUUGCCGGAUGAGUCUCUGCAAGGGAUACACGCAAGGUGGUUCAAAUGCGGAUAAUAUACUCGCAGACGCCUAUCUCAAAGGCAUCUCAGACGGUAUUGAUUGGAAGCUGGGAUAUGAGGCAGUCGUCAACGAUGCUGAAAACGAACCAUACGACUGGUCUAGCGAAGGAAGAGGCGGUCUCGAUUCAUGGAAGGCUCUUGGAUAUAUUCCAGUCCAGGACUUUGACUAUAAAGGUUUUGGUACAAUGACGAGAAGCGUUUCACGGACUCUCGAGUACAACUACAAUGACUUUGUCAUCGCCCAAAUUGGAGCUGGUCUUGGUGGACUUGAGGGCGACGUCGAGAAGUACACAGCCCGCAGUGGAAACUGGGCAAAUCUCUUCAAUCCCGACCAGACCUCAUACUUCGCGAACGGAAGCAACACGGGAUUUGAAGGUUUCUUCCAACCCAAAUACUUGAAUCGCACUUGGGGUUUUCAAGAUCCUCUAAAAUGUAGCAAUGUGGACGAAAACCCAAAUAGUGUGUGUUCGUUGCAGAACAGCGGAGCCGAAACAUUCGAGAGCUCGAUUUGGGAAUACUCGUUCUUCGUCCCUCACGACCAGGCGUCUUUGAUCACGUAUUUUGGAGGGCCAGCAGCGUUUGUGGAACGUCUCAACUUCCUUCACGACCAGCAGAUUACCUACAUUGGAAACGAGCCAGCAUUCCUUACCGUUUUCCAGUAUCACUAUGCCGGCAGACCUGCUCUCUCAGCUCUAAGGUCCCACUACUACAUCCCCGCCUAUUUCGCUCCUACCGAUGCAGGUCUCCCAGGGAACGACGACAGCGGCGCCAUGGGCUCAUUCCUAGCCUUUGCAAUGAUGGGGCUGUUCCCUAACCCGGGCCAAAAUGUCUACCUGAUCACGCCCCCAUAUUUCGAGAACGUCUCUAUCACCUCUCCUCUGACAAACAAGACAGCAACCGUCCGAAAUGUGAACUUCGACCCCACGUACAAGAACAUCUACAUCCAGUCCGCGACGCUAGACGGCGUGCCCUACACCAAAAAUUGGAUCGACCACUCCUUCUUCACCGAGGGGAAAGAGCUCAUUCUUACUUUAGGGUCCACAGAAAGCACCUGGGGCACGGCGGUUGCGGACUUGCCGCCGAGCUUGGGUAAGUAUGAGGGAUUUGGAAACUCAACGACGAAUUCGACGAGUGCGUAUCGGAAGAGAGCUGUGAGGUUUACAGAACACCAUGAUUCGAUUUUCCCUAAUGCUAUCCCGCACCUGGGGGCGGAUGAGAAAACGGGAGCCAACUAUUGGGCUCAUGCUCAAGGGAGAUGAUUCACGCCUCGACUCGGCGUGGAAGUAAUUAUCGUAAUGUCUUGUUGAACACAUAGCAUUGAUUGCUAGAAAGAAGGUAGAGCUAAGACCAGAUAAUAAUCAUGCUAUCUUCAUUGACCAUUGACUGGAGAAUAUUCUCCAGCAUCAAAAGAAAGUCCGCCUUC